AUUUUGACUUGAUAAAAGUCGUGAUGAACUUGGCUUCGUCGAAAUUGUUUCAUUAAUUAAGCCUAAUCCCCUCUUUUUCAUCAUAUAUAACAAGGUGAAAAAAAUGAUCAAUUCUAAUUAAGUAUCCAAAAUAUAUCUUACAACUCAAGUGAGAAAAAAAGAGAAGAAAGAGAGAAAAUGGUUAGGCUUUCUGUUACGGAAAAUGGUACAGGCAUUGCAUUUCAGGAUUCUGGGCUAACAAUAUUCAUGGUUGGCAUGAUAGCUGCUUCAAUCUCGAUGAUGUCGAUAGUUAUAUUUGCUUGUGCCAAAUCCUCUACGAAACGAAAGAAUAAGAAUAAUCCAUAUAGUGAUUCCACUAAAAUUGUUGUUAAUGGUAAAAGUAAUAAAGCACAACAAAAUCGUGCGACUUCAGCCCCCGUCCGUUCAGAGGGAGAAAUAUUAGUUAGUGCUGCAGAAAUUGCAACAACUUUUGUAGAUAUUCCAUCCACUGAUGAUGUUUGCAAUACUAAUAAUGAUGGCGGGAAAGAUCCUCAAUGUCAUGGCGAUACCACGAAACAUAAUGAUAGUACCAAAAAUAAUGAUGUUAAUAUCGAUUGUACACAUAAUAAUUAUGUAAGUGGUGACAAUAAUAAUAAUAUGGGUGGAGGUCAUACUCAUGCUAGCGCAAAUACUACUACUAGUGGUGGAGGAGGUCAUCAUCAUGGCGACACAAGUGGGACCACUAGUGGUGGUUGGAGCAGUGAUCACGGUGGUAGUAGUUGGGGUGGCGGCGGUGGGGGUUUUAGUGGUGGUGAUACUGGGGUUUUUAGUGGUGGAGGUUGGUGAUAGAUCACAAGUUAUUUAUAUUUUGAAAGUUACUUAUAUUUUAGUACAAUUCUACAAGUGUAAAAGCCAAUUAAAAAUUGUCAUUUGUUUAUUACUACUAUAAUUUGUUGUAAUUUGCUCAAAAUAUUUUCAUAUGUUCUUUAAAGUUAUUAUUUAUGUAAUUACAUGUAUUUUCAGCAGUAGAUUGAAUAAAACUCGAAAUUAA